CUGUGCAUGGUAGCAGUGCUUAAUCAAGGCUUCUUGGGCCGGUCAAUGCCAAAGAAGGAUAUAUCUUGAUAUCACUGUCAUUUGAUUUCCCGAAAGGUUGGAGAAAACAAUAACGAGGACGGUAGCGAAUGAUUCCCCUCGAAGGAUUUCGCUAAGUUCGUAGCACACAACGAAUUUUGGACUUGGUACCAUAAUAAUGAUUUUAAUCUAGUAUGAACAGCACUGCCACAAGGUACGGCGCGUGGCGCUUGUUUGGCGCCUAACUGACACCGUGCAGGUGGUCGGUCGUCGUUGUGGUCGUUGCCCUUGUACCAUCAUGAGUUGCUGUGGUGAGCCCAAGGAUAACAAUGCCGACCACAACAACCGACCAAUAUCCCAAUACCAACCUCAGCAAGUGGUAACUCAACAACCUGGCCCUGUUCCGGUUCCGUAUCCCAUUGCCCAAAAUCCGUUCCAAUCGACUCCAAUUUCGUCCCCACCGCCUGUGCACUACAACCAGAAUGGAUAUGGGUCAGAGCUUCCCUGGACGUCCACGCCGUCACCUCCGCCGACGAACAUAAUGGCAAUGGGCACAUCGCGUCCAACCUCUGGUCACGGAUUGAAUGGGUCUAUCGGCCACUCAUUUAACGAAUCGAUGUCCAUGCGGCGGUCGUCUUUUGGGAUAGCAGGAGGCCACUAUUCGUCGCCCAUGUCUCCGCCGCCCAUGUCCGCAUCACCGGUCGCCAGAAUCGAUGUCGCUCCGCCGCCUCCGGACGAAGGAAAAAUGUCUGUAUCGAUUGACUUUGGUACCACUUUCUCUGGCGUCGCCUACGGUUCGUCGAGGAUUGCAGGCGGAAAAGUCCAACAAAUACUAACGUGGCCCGGCUCAUUCGAGACGUUUCGAAAGAUACCCACCUGUUUGCUGUAUGAUGAACAAGGAAGAGUACUGGCCUGGGGCUUGGAAGCUAAAAAUGCAGGCCCACUCCCUGAUACCCUCAAGUGUGAAUGGUUCAAACUAUUCUUGGAACCUCGAGCACUUCGGGACGAAUCUGCCGUAGAUCCACGACUUCCACCGCUGCCACCAGGCAAAAAGGCGAUAGAUCUCAUCAUUGACUUCUUGAGCUGCUUAUGGGAAUAUGCUAAGGAGCAAAUAACACGGGAAAUUGGCGCCGUAGCUGAUCUUAAUACGGCUGAUGUAUGGUUGACGGUUCCAGCAGCAUGGGACGCUAAGGGAUGUGACAUCAUGCGCGACGCAGCUAUUUCUGCUGGUCUUGUACAAAGCGCGCGCGCAGGCGAUAAAGAUUGGAGAGAUCGUCUCAGAAUUAUCACCGAACCGGAGGCCGCGGCAGUUCACUGUGCACAUCUCACCGAUCUCCACAAACUCAAGCCAUCGCAGAAUUUCAUCGUCUGUGAUGCCGGUGGAGGAACGGUCGAUCUUGCCGUAUACAAGAUAAUUGGCCAGAUGACCAAUCUUGAGAUCGCUGAAAUUGCUGCAAGAUCGGGUGCGAAUUGUGGUAGUCUUUUCCUGGACCUUCGGUUCAGGGAGCUAGUGAAGACGCUCCUCGCCGAUCAUCCCGCACAUCUUGACGCAGCGUCACUUGCCAACUUUAUGCAUUCAUUCAGUGAAACUGACAAACUUGAUUAUGGGGGCGUACGUGACGACGAGAACAUGUUCCAUUUCACCUGUUUUAAUGUCGAGGACCCCAACGAUCCCUCUGUAGGAUUGAUUAAUGGACAACUCUCGAUCCCAGGAGCCCUUUUACGGCGUGAAGUCUUUGAUCCCGUCGUUGAACAGGUUCUGGCCUUGAUCGAAGACCAGACUCUGAAAGUCGAUCAACGGAUUGAUGCCCUUCUACUUGUGGGAGGAUUUGCGGGAAGUGAGUAUUUGAAACAGAGAGUCGAGGAACGAUUUUCUUCCCGUAUUCGAGUAAUUGCUCGGCCCGUAGACGCUGAUACGGCUACUCUACGAGGGGCGGCUCGGUAUGGUUUGGCUCGUAGGCCCCUCGUGUCCAGCGUGAUCGCGCCACGGUCCUACAUCAUGAAAGUCAAGUUACCCGCUGACCAGGAAGACUGGCAGAAGCGUCCCGCAUACAUCAAAAACAAUGACGCAGGUGUUCCAAUUUGUGAAAACAGGUACAUUGUGACUUCUUCCCGCUAUAGCGACGCUAAGUUACCGGCGGCUAGGCUUCAAUAUCUCGUGCAGAAAGGAGCCAUCCUUCGGAAAGGACAACGUCUGACAACGAAGUUUUGCAAAUUCUCGCAGACCGUACAGGAUUCGGCGUUUGUGGCAGUCAUGUUCACAAGCGAGGCCGACAAAAUUAUGCGGUAUACAGAUGAAGGAGAAACCACCGAACUCUGCAAGUGGACCGUUGAUCUAUCGUCGUUACCGGCGUUUCAACAAGGCGCCAUGCAGGGUGGUGGUUUCUACACUGAAUUUGAGCUGGGAUUGGAAUUGGAUAGCGCGGAAGUAAGGGGUAUACUUCUUUAUGAUAAUCAAGUUUGGGGACAGGUUACAUUCGACUUUCUCAAUUAGGAGAAGCCAUGGUUUGAUGGACAGAUGUAAAUAUAACAAGCUAUGUUAUGGUGAAUGGUACGACUCUGUUCGCACGACGGUAACGCGUUAUACCGGAGUAGUCUGGCAGAGAACCUGCUUCGCGGAUUCAUGCAAAAGCGUCAUAUGAUACGGGUGAGAGUUUUUGAUCCAUCC